AUGCCUGUUAUUCUUGAGGUUAAGAAUGAUAAUGCUGAUAAUGCAUUUAAACAAGCUUGUAAAUAUUAUUGGAGAUUGAUCCAAAGCUUAGAAGAAGGUUAUACACAAAAAACACAUUUGUCAUGUCUUCUUUUAUGUCUAAAUACAUCUCACCUUAGGAUUGCUAAUGCUUUUUAUAAUAGAAAUUAUUUAAUUGAAGGCCUAACAAAAAUUUCAUUAGACUGCUUUAAAUCUAUAGAACCAAAGAGAAUACAAAUAAUUGGAAGGAUAUUGCUUGCUCUUAAAAAAGCUUUACUUGAUGAUGAAUGUGAAAUGUCAUUUAAAUAUGAAGAAAAGUUAACUGAAAAUAAAUUUGUAUAUGUUGUUGAAACAAUAAAUAAUGAUUGCAGUGAUAUUCCAAAAUUGUUAGUUGUAAAGUUUGUUACAAGUUAUGGGUUGGAUGUGUAUAAAUCUUAUGCAGAUAAAGAUAUUGCUUCAAAGGUCUAUGGAUAUAAGAACAUUAAUUGUGAUUGGAAAAUAGUGACAAUGGAAUAUCUUUCAGAUUAUAAACUAUUGAUAGAUCUUUCACUUGAAACAAAUCAAAAAAUAGAACUUCAGAAGAAAAUCAAGAAUGCAGUUCAGAAGAUGCAUAGUGAAAGAUUGAUUUAUGAUGAUUUAUGGGAAUGUAAUAUUCUUUAUAAGAAGAAAGAAGAAAAAAAUGGAGAUGGUAACAUACAAGUAAAAAUUAUAGAUUUUAAUUGGGGAGAAAAAGAAGAAGUAGUAAGAUACCCACCACGUCUUAAUCCUAUUAUUUCAUGGCCUUUAGAUAUUAAAAUCAAUCAACCAAUCAAAUAA